AUGGAUUUGGGAGAUCCAAAGGGUACAAUCUAUCUUAUGCAUUUUCAGGAACAGAAGCCAAUCCCGAAGUUCGCGAGCUUCCGACCACCAUCAUCCACAGCAAGCGCGGAUGUCAGCUCUGAACACGAAAAAGGAGGAGCUUCCAGAAAACAUGAACGGUAUAUACACGAAUCUAGACACUCGCGGUUUAGGGGUUAUUCCCAUUCGCGGAGUGGUGAGCUGGAUCGCCACCGUGAACCGCAUUCUCGGGAUAGCAGAAGGGUAAAACCCAAGCCAGAUAAACUCGACGAACAAGACUUUUUUAUCAUAGAUAAAAAGGGUGAUAAAUACAAUGUGGCGUACGGAAGUUUAAAUCGCUACAGUAUUCCAAAAUAUUUCCGCUCUGGCUCAGGGAGGGUUAUUGGAUUGCCUCCAAGUUACACGAUUGAUCGCAACAAUGAGGAUGAAAAUACCGUGGUAAUCAGACACAAUACUGCUAGCUAUGAUAGCCCAAGUCAAAGGAAUAGAGACUUUCUCCGGAAGCAACCUAGAAGAGAGACAACAUUUCGAGUAAGGCCGGAUCCAGAGAAUAAUCCGUUUAUUGACGCUCAGAAAGAUUUCUUGCCAUUAGCUUCCGAUGGUUCUAGAAAACGUAGGAGUUUUCAUGGGGAAAUGAUAUCCAGGGAAUCAACGCCCGAGGACAGUACCAUUGAUUACAGAUCAAUCGAAGGAAAGGCUAAAGUACCUAAGGAACUUUCCGGAGGUGCGGUCAUAGCUUCAGACUCAGAUAUAGCUUCUGAUGAUGAAAGUGCCCGCCGCCGCAAUGCCGAACUAUCCAGAAGGGUCACAGAACGCCCGGAUGACAUUGAAAGCUGGUUGCAACUCAUUGAGCAUCAGGGCUCGUUGGUUGGAAUCGCCACGAGUAACGGACAACGCAGACUCACUACAGCAGAGAAGAGGAGUGUUGCGGAUAUCAAAAUAUCAAUGUACGAAAAAGCACUAAGUAAAUUGCCUCCUAAAGCUCACCGGGAUCGUCUCCUGCUUGGUAUGAUGGAGGAAGCGACAACAUUAUACGACACCAAAACACUCUCAAACAAAUGGAAGGGCAUUCUAAAAGAGAACCCGGAUUACAUCAAUCUUUGGAUUAAAUAUUUGGACUUUCAACAAACUCGUUUUUUUAAUUUUACAUAUGAGCAAUGCCGAUCAAUUUUCAUAGACUGCUUGAAGCUCAACGCAUCGCGCAAAAGCAGCUCAGAACUCAAUGUGAUCAGCAUAUACCUUAUGCUCCGCCUAAGUUGCUUCAUGCGAGAGGCAGGAUAUGUGGAGCAUGCCGUUGGCCUGUGGCAAGCAGCUUUAGAGUUCAAUUUCUACCACCCCGCGUCACUUGAUAUAUCGAGAGAUGUUAAGGCUGCAUUACCUGCCUUUUGUGAAUUUUGGGAUAGCGAAAUACCGAGGAUCGGGGAAAUUGGGGCAAAAGGCUGGGGCGGCGGGGAAAAUGUAUCUCCUAAUCCCAAAUCAAAUGGCCCAAGUUGGGAAAUAGAUCAAAAAUCAAUAUUUGAAUCCUGGGAGCAAUCUGAACGAUGCAAAAUGCGCUAUUCGCGUCUUCCAGCUCGCACCUCGGACGAUGUCGAAGAGGACGAUCCAUAUCGAGUGAUAUUGUCUUCGGAUAUCACUGAUUUUCUUAUUUCAUAUUCAGAUGUUCCCGAUUUACUAAUUGGCGCUUUCAUGAUUUUCUGUGGUCUCCCUCCACUAGCAUCAUCUGGGAAUGAAGAUGUUCUAAAUCAAUGGCGCAGAGAUCCAUUUGUUCGCAACAAUCUGCUCGAUGAUUUUGAUAGCCAGUCGCCAACGUGGUUCUCAGAUGUGGUUCAUGGGCCACAAGAUCCUAUUCACAGCCAACUGAACACCUUCCCUCUACCCACCUUUGCAAACAGUUCAGACACAUUAUUUGAUAAUGGAACUUGGUUCUCGGAGCUUCGAGUUUGGAAAAUCACAUAUUUGAAUGGUCACAGCCCUCUUGACGGCGAGUGGGUGAGGAGAACACUACGACACUUGGUGAAUCGGUUUCCCGAGCGGGAUGAUCUUGCAGAGUUCACUGUUGCGCUUGAAUUUAUUUCAAAUGCCAGUGACGCAAAAAAAUAUGCGAAGAACCUUCUUAAGAAACGUUCAUCAAGCCUGAGACUAUAUAAUGCUUAUGCUCUGAUGGAAAUUCGCAGCGGCCGGAUAACAGCGGCAGAGCAUGUUUGGACCACAGCCUUAUCGAUGAGCGACAGUUUGAAGAAGGAGGAUAAAGUAGACAGCAUACUGUUAUGGCGAACUUGGGCCUGGGAGAUUCUUACCGACCUUAAAAAUGACAAGACAGUUCGAUUGUUACUCGCGAUCCCCACUGGCACCAUAAAUUCAACCACCUUAGCCGAUGAUUCGAAAUCCUCUACAUCUAUCAGACCUGCCGAAUUCCUCAAGGCUCAGAUGUACCUCACUGAAACCCAGGAGCAUGGCCUCACCUCGCGGAAGCCUAACGUGUUCGUUAGCGCUGUCGAGUGCCUCGGGUUGUUGGUCUAUUUGACUAGGAACCUCGACAUUGACGCUGCUAUAAAUGUCUACGCAACUGGUCAUUCCCGCCUUGUCGCACAUCGGUUAGAAAACACAUUAUUUGGAGAACUCCUCUUGCAGGCGAAAGCGAAACUUCUGUAUCACCACGCCACAUCAAGCAGGAUAUACAAACCAGUCCUCCUUCGGUCGGAAAUAACAGAUAGCAUAUCUCACUUCCCGCAAAACACCUUAUUCCUCAGUCUCUUUGCUUGGAAUGAAUCUCGUUUCCGGAUUGAUGACCGCGUCCGCUCCGUCCUGCGUCAAUAUACAACCCCGAAAACAUGUAACGGAAACGACAAAUUUUUACAAACCUGCUUUUCGACAAGCUCGACGCUAAUCCCCCAUCUCUUUUCUAUUUUCACCGAACUCCACCGAGGUGUCUCAUCGGGGUCGACUGUCCAUUCUGCCCGUGCAGUUUUCGAAUCAGCAGUCACCAGUCCAUCAGGACAAUCUAGCGCUUCUACCUGGAAACUGUACAUUCUUUUCGAACUUACGCUAUCACAGUGGGGGCGUGCGAGAGAGGUAUUUUACCGCGCGAUACGUUCUUGCCCAUGGGCGAAGGAGUUGGUAUUGCUUGCAUUUCGAGAACGUGGGUUACGGGAGCUGAUGGGACAGGAUGAGCUGAGAAAGGUGUGGAAUGUACUUGUUGAGAAGGAGUUGAGAAUUCACGUGGAUUUGGAAGAAUGGUUUAAUGACUGGGGCAAAGGGAGGGGGGAACUUGAUUUCACUAGGGAUCUCCCUAUUCAUAUGCCUGAAGAUCUGAGUAGUAGUGAUGAGGGACCAUCAUAA